AAUUUUCUCCGUCAUGCACACCCUUCCCGCCUCUCCCUGCCUCCUGCCUUCCCACUAGCACCAGUUUUCCCACCCCAGCCUCAGGGCGGGGCUGUCUCGUCACUUGUCUCCGGGCAGCUCUGCCCUACACAGGUUAGCGCCGCGCGCAAAGCCUCUGCGGAGCGCGCAAAGGCGCACAGCAGCACCCAGGCGCCUCCUGGCGGCGCCGCGAAGGGGCGGGGCUGUUGGCUGCGCGCUGCGCGCUGCGCGCUGUCCCAGGUCCGAAACCAGUGCCCUAGGCGGCGAGGAGAGCGGCGCCGGGCAGGGAUGCUGCGGGCGAGAGCACCAACCGGGGACUUACCCCGCGCAGGAGAAGUCCACACCGGGACCACCAUCAUGGCAGUGGAGUUUGACGGGGGCGUUGUGGUGGGCUCUGAUUCCCGAGUGUCUGCAGGCGAGGCGGUGGUGAACCGAGUGUUUGACAAGCUGUCCCCCCUGCACCAGCGCAUCUACUGUGCACUCUCUGGUUCAGCUGCCGAUGCCCAAGCCGUGGCUGACAUGGCUGCCUACCAGCUGGAGCUCCAUGGGAUAGAACUGGAGGAACCUCCACUUGUUCUGGCUGCUGCAAAUGUGGUGAGAAAUAUCACCUACAAAUAUCGAGAGGACUUGUCCGCACAUCUCAUGGUAGCUGGCUGGGACCAACGUGAAGGGGGUCAGGUAUAUGGAACCCUGGGAGGAAUGCUGACUCGACAGCCUUUUGCCAUUGGUGGCUCCGGCAGCACCUAUAUCUAUGGUUAUGUGGAUGCAGCAUAUAAGCCAGGCAUGUCUCCAGAGGAGUGCAGGCGCUUCACCACAGACGCUAUUGCUCUGGCCAUGAGCCGGGAUGGCUCAAGCGGGGGUGUCGUCUACCUUGUCACUAUUACAGCUGCUGGUGUGGACCAUCGAGUCAUCUUGGGCAAUGAGCUGCCAAAAUUCUAUGAUGAGUGAACCUUCCCCAGACUUCUCUUUCUUAUUUUGUAAUAAACUCUCUAGGACCGAAACCUGGUACGGUCGUUGGGAAAUGAGUGCUCAGGGAGACGGAGCUUAGGGGAGGGGGCUGCUUCCCUCCUAGAUGUCAGCAUACACUCUUUCUUCUUUGGUCCCAGGUCUAAAACAUCUUUCCUAGAGAAAACAAAAGGGACUAAACUAGAAGUAUAAAGAGCCCUAUACAUGACAGGUCAUCACGUAAAGAAUGAUUUUGAAGUAGUACAAACAAUAAAAAUUCUCAUUCUUGUGUCCAAGGGAUGAGGAUGCAAGUGAGGUGGUGGGAAUCAUUCCUUUGAGGCUAAGACUGACACCUGCACACAUGAGAAUUAGCUAAGUCUAUCAGCAAACCCGCACGUAAAAGAAUUCCUUUCAUAAUGCAUUCAUUCACAUUAAAGAGCAAUACAUGAAAAAUG